AUGAAUCCUCGGAGAGCUUAAUCAAGUGGAAAUAGAGCUUCGUCUGCUGUCAAACGAGUUGCUAUGCCGAAUGGGUACACUUUAUACAAUUAGAGUGGGCAGAAAUUUCAUUUGCCCAACAUGAAGAAGUACUGCAGUUAUAUGAAUGUAAAAGUGCAUCGCAACGUUCUAUCGAAGAGGCUGAGAACAGGGCCAAAACAUCAACUCUAUAACCAAUGCAUAGUGAAGCACAGACGAUUGUGCAUCAAAGACCACAAAGUACAAUAGAAGUAAAAUAAAUUUGAAAUUCAUUUAGACGCCUGCAGUCAUGAUGAAUAAGUACAUCAAUUACAGAAUAGCACAGCCAUACUCAUCCACAAUAGAUGUGAAUGCCCGUUUGUGGGAAGCAAGUAAAAACACAACUAUCGGUUUGAAAAGAGUUUCAUCAGCUGUCAAGAAGGAAGAAACAGAAUAUUAGUAGGAUUGUGAAACUAUUAGCGGUACCUUAAAACCUUACGAAUUUCUGUCAUCUCUUGGUGGCAAAAUGAUCUCAAAUGAUCCUUCUAAAUAAUAAUCAAUAGAUGUUUCUAGACAAAAUAAUACACAACAGGUACGUCCUCAAACUGUGACAUCCAUAGGCAAGAUGGACUUCACUAUUAUUUAAGAACAACAAUAAAGACUCUCAUCUGCUUAAUAAACGUUAACUAGACCUCCUGUUUCUAAACGACCAAUGACAUCUAUAUAGAGACCUUAAUCUCAAGCAUUUGACAACUAAGAAAGCAAAAGAGUUAAAUAAGAUCGAAUCUAAAGUGCUACUCUUGACGUAUUUUAAAAACCUACUACUCAAAAACAUAAAAAACAAUUUAACGAAAUGAUAGACUAACAAGUUCUAAGACCUCAAAGCAAUUGGAGUCACCAACGACCUCUAUCUUCUAAAACAACUGCCCCACAAUCCUUCUUCAAAAUCUAUACCAAAUUUACUAACCUCAGUGCUCUUGAUUUACCUUAUGAAGAACUUUUCGAUAGAAAUGAAAGAACUGUGGCAGCUACUUUUGCUAGAUUUGGAGAUCUGGGUUAUUAUUCACCAAUAUAAAGGAUUGGAGUCUAUAUGCAAUUUUCAGCAAAGUUAAAAAAGGAGCAUUUACUCAAAAUAAUAGAUUUAUAAAAAACAAUGAGUUCAGCUGAGAAAACAGAUGGAGAGGUACCCAUCUAAUUGGCAAUUGUAAAUGAAUUGUUUCCAAAGUAAGGAAGAGACAAAACUGGUAUUAACUCAGGAGCUAAUGAUGCUUUAACUAGAGAGCCAGUAUCCCUUUGUUUGUAUCCAGAAUAUUUUGAUGACAAUGAUGAGAAUAUUGAUUAGAUGGAAUUGUCUCUUAGAAAAUUCAAUGAGAUGCUGGCUGAGAUGAAUGGGAAUUAUGAUCCUUCACUCUUAUGCAAAGAUUAUUACAUUCACAUCGAUAGAGAGUUCUGGCCGGAAAACAUUCUCAAAGAAGUACUUAUCUCAGAAGAAAGAUAUCGCAAUUAUAUAUCUGGAGAUUACAUAAGAAAUGAUGAGGUUCCAAAAUUCAAAAGAGAAUGGAUUUUAAAUGCAUUCAAUUUGAUUAAACCUGAAUUAUUGCGUAAUGAAGAAUGCUCUAGGUUUGUUGUUAAGGAAAUACUGGAAUUGUUUAGAGAGUACAUGAAGAGAGCAAUGCUGGAUUACAUACUUAGGUCACCAGAAGAAAGGAAGAGGUUGCACAUCACCUUGCUCCCAAGAUCUUUCAUUCAUUCAGCAUAAAGAGUUGCGAGAGAAGGAGGUUACAAUAUGAAAUUGUUCCCAGAUUGGCAUGAUUUUGUAUCGAGAGGUAAGGAUUUCUGCAAGUCCAAUCUCACUCUGAUAUCAACAAUCAAUUAAGGAUUGUCAGAUUGGAUUUAAGAUUUCAUCUCAUUUAAAUUAUGCGAUUUGAACAAGAUGAAAUAGGUUGCCAGAUUAGGCUACACUUUUACAUUUUAGGAAUUCCAAAGAGUUCAAACAAUAUACAAAUUGAAUGUGCUAUGUCUCUUGGAGCACGUCUGGUUCAGAGGUGUCAUGCUUAUAAUUAAGCUAUAGAAAUUCUUAAGGUAGAAGCAAUACAAAAGUCAAUGGACGAUUACAGGCCCAAAGUUCAAAUAAUAGUAAUUAAGACAGACCAUUCUUGAAAUCAUCCCAGAAGAAGAUUUUAUUGAUGAGGACAACGUAAUUUAUAAGGGGGAAGAAAAUCCUUGUUACAUCUCUAUUAAGGAGGCAUUACAAUUCUAUGCAUCUAAAACAACUCAGCCUUAUAAUUUUGAUCGCUUUAAAGAUUCCUGUCAAGCACUCAAUGCCUUUACGGAAUACCAUGUCAUGCUACAAAACCCCAAUCCCAUCGAAUCAGAUAAGCUGUCGUAAUUCUAACUAGAGGAAGUCAAGUAAUAACAAGAAGAAAAGCCAUAUAAAAAGUUAGAAAAGGAAUAGAGGAAAGCAAUCACAUAGAAUGCUACUGUGCUAUUAUAAUUGUAGUUGAGAAGUUUCAUAGACAGAUCCCUAUAGCACUUUGAGUAAAACAUUCUCAAUAUCAAUAUUCCUAAAUAAUUUGAUAUUGAGAUUGGAGACACAAAUUUUGCUAGUCUGAUACAGGCGUGCUAAAAUCUAAAAGACAGGGAUUUUAUACCUCCAAAAUGGGGUUUACUUUAGUAACCUUAUGAUCCAUUCAUUCGAUUGGAAUUGAUUAUUGAAAAUGAUUUUGUUAAGUUAAAGGAAAAUGAAGAGUCAGUCAAGAAUGAAUUUGUGGAUGCCUUCAGAAGCAUCAUCAUAUCAUUUGAUAAAUUCUUGCAUCCAAAAUUUGCCAAAGUCACUUACAACCCCAAAGAGACGAUCCAACCAGUACCUUUAAGAAAUUUUCAAUUUAACUUUGAUUAAGACAUGGGAGGAAUGACCAAGGAGGACUUCUAAAAGUUCUUCAAGUCUUUUUGGCCAUAGGUGAAAGUGGAAGAGAAAUAAUAAAAAGAGCAUCCUGAACUUUUGUUGGCAUCCGAAGAGCAGAGAGAAAUUUAUUAGGAGAAAAAGUAUAUGACAGUUGCAUCAAUAGAGGAAGGGUGCUAUCUAGCUUAGGAGGCCAGGAUUUUGAAACAUGUUAGUGAGCAUUACAAAAGAACUCAUUAAGUUGUGGAAUUCUUUUAGCAAUUCACUUAAUUCUUCAAUAAGGUCUAUGAAAAAGAAAUCAAAUCUUUAAAGAAGGCAAUCACAAAUGAAGAAUUCAAAAUGUAUAUGGAGAUACUCAACAAAUACAAAACUUUGGUAGAUAAAUUCCCACCAACUAUACAAUUCCCUCUGUUUUAAGUAAAUUGCGAGCUUGUCUUAUCGAGUGUAAAGUAGAUGAUAAAAGAAUACAAGGAUAGAUUGUUUAUCAAUUUUGAAUCAGUUUUAAUAGAUUAGGCUAAAGUUAUAUCUGAUAGAUACUUGCAGAUUAGUACAUACAUUAGAAGAUCACUUAAAACACCUGAAGAUGUGGAGGCCAUGGACAAGUACAUUACAGAUGUUGGAUAGGAGAGAGUAAAGAUAAAAACGAAUACAACUGAUAUCUUUAUUAAGGUUAUGUUUUUAUUGAAGCAAGAUUAUGUGAUUAGUGAGCAAUUAUUGUUGUUAUCGGAGGAAUUGUAUCAUAGGCCAUCUCAACUUGACAAGGAGUUGAUUGAGCAAGAAGAGAAACAUCAGAUUGAGAGAGGAAGGUUAGAGGAGGAACUCAAAAAGUAGAGAUCCCAAUUUGAGGAGAGAGUAGCCAAGUAUUGCAAGGAGAUUGAUAAUCUGGAAACAUUCACUGAAAGAUCGAAAUACAAAGGAUAUGUUAGGGAUAUUGAAGAGUUUGAGUAGAAGUUAGCAGACGCUAAUGCAGAAAUGCAGGAGAUAAUCUAAAAAGAGUUGACCCUAUUUGGAUAUCCAUCUUAAUUUGAAAACUUUGUUAAAUUGUAAACUGAAAUACAACCAUAUUCAGAAUUGUGGAAAUCAAUAGGUGUGUAUAUGGAGAAUAGGAAGAAUUGGAUGAAUGGUCCAAUUAUGGAUGUUGAUUAUGGUGAUGUAGAGACUAUUUUGAAGAAUCAGAAGAAGGGGAUUGUUAAGCUAAACAAUUUGUUCAAACAAAAUAGUAUUCCAUAUAGAGUUUUGGGAGAAUUCAAAUAAGAUGUUGAACUCAUGAGUUAAAACAGUAAGACUUUGGAGAUUCUAUCAAAUCCAGGAUUACGUGAACGACAUUGGAAAUCAGUGCAGACUAUAUUGUCAUCCUCUUUUAAUUACAAGGAAGUGUCUUUAAGGGAAUUGAAUAAUUUGAAUGUCGAGUAAUUUCUUAAUGACAUGGAAGAAAUAUCAGAAAAUGCAAGUAAGGAAUUCACUCUAGAGAACGCAUUGGCCAAAAUGAGAAAGGAAUGGGAUAGCAUUAAAUUGGUGGUUUUAAAUUACAAAGGAAGAGGAGUUCUCAUUUUGUAGGGACAAUCCGUGGAGGAAAUUCAAACCUUAUUGGAUGAUCAUGUGAUUAAAUCACAAACAAUCAGAGCUAAUCCCUUAAUCAAGUUUAUGGAGGAAGACGCUAUAAAGUGGGAGAAAUCUAUGAUAUUUAUACAGUAAAUCUUAGAGUUGUGGAUUAAAGUUCAAGGCAUGUACUUAUAUUUGGAACCAAUUUUCAGUUUUGAAGAUAUCAUUAAAACAUUGUAUGAUGAGAGUGAGAAAUUCAAAAAAGUAAGUAGCAAUUGGAACUUGAUUACAAAGGCUGUCGAAAUGGAACCAUUAGCUUUGAAUUUAGACAAAAUUCCAAAUUUGAUGGAUAUCUUGUAGACUUCAUUGAGAUUGAUAGAGGAAAUACAAAAAGGGUUAGAGAAUCAUUUGGAGAUUAAGCGAUUAGAAUUCCCUCGGUUCUUUUUUUUAUCUAAUGAUGAUUUAAUUAAUAUUUUGGCAGAGACAAGAGACCCUUUGUUGGUGUAACCUCACAUGAGAAAAUGUUUCGAGGGAAUCGAAGAGUUAAUCUUCAAUUCAAAUACUGAUAUAUUGGGAAUGAAAAGUGUAGAGAAGGAGGAAGUCAACUUCGAUAACAGGGUAUCACCAAAAGAGUUUAAGAAUUGCGUUGAGAAAUGGUUACUAAAGGUGGAAGAAGAGAUGAGGAACAGUAUUUCACACUUAAUUCGUUAAUGUUAUGGAGAAUUACAAGAAUUACCAGUGUUGAUCAAAUGGAUUCGUAGAUGGCCUGGUUAAUGUGUAUUGACCUGUGCUUGUAUUAAUUUUACCAAUUAGAUCGAGAGUCUAAUAAGAUCAGGAAAGACUCUGAAUAAAUUUGGGAAUGACAGAGUUAAUCAUUUGAAUGAAAUUGUAUCUUUGGUAAGGGAAUCUUAAUAAUAAAAUGAAAGAUAGUUGUUGUCAGCUCUUAUAGUUUUGGAGGUGCAUAACAAUGAUAUUUUGCAAGAUCUCAUAAAAUUGGAAAUGAAAGACACAAGCAUAUUUGAAUGGACUUCAUAAUUGAGAUAUUACAUGCAGGAAGACACAAGUGUUUCAGUGAGGAUGGUCUAAACAUCUAUUCCUUAUGGGAACGAGUAUUUAGGAAUAGGAAGCAGAUUGGUUAUUACUCCAUUAACAGAUAGAUGUUAUAGGACUUUGGUUGGUGCAUUACAGUUAAAUUUGGGAGGAGCACCAGAAGGACCAGCUGGUACUGGUAAGACAGAAUCCACAAAGGAUUUAGCCAAAGCAGUAGCAGUAUAAUGUAUAGUAUUUAAUUGUGGUGAGGGAUUGAACACUCAUGCAAUGGCCAAGUUCUUUAAAGGACUAGCAAGUGCUGGUGCUUGGUCGUGUUUUGAUGAAUUUAAUAGAAUUGAAUUGGAGGUCUUAUCUGUCAUUGCAUAAUAAAUCUUAUAAAUUUAGUAAGCUAAAUCAAUGUCGAUUGAGUCAUUUUAAUUUGAAGGCACAGAAAUACAUAUUCAAUAAUCAUGCAACAUCUUUAUUACAAUGAAUCCAGGAUAUGCAGGCAGAUCAGAAUUACCAGAUAAUUUGAAAGCACUCUUUAGACCAUGUGCUAUGAUGGUACCAGACUAUGCUCUCAUUGCAGAAAUAUCUCUAUAUUCAUUUGGAUUUGUUGAGGCAAGAGCAUUGGCUAAAAAGAUAGUUGCUGUCUAUAAAUUAUGUUCGGAAUAAUUAUCAAGUCAAGAUCACUAUGAUUAUGGAAUGAGAGCAGUCAAAGCAGUUUUGACAGCUGCAUAGUUACUCAAACGUAAAUCUACUGAAAGAGAAGACAUUCUUAUUUACAGAGCAAUCGGUGAUAUCAAUUUACCUAAGUUCUUAACUAAUGAUGUGAUGCUAUUCAAUGGUAUUAUGAGUGAUCUCUUUCCAGAUGUCAAAGUGCAACCAGUUGAAUAUAAGAAUCUCUAAGAAGCUAUGCAUUCGGUCUUGUAAUCUUAGAAUAUGCAGAUUGUACCUAACUUCAAAAGAAAAGUCUUACAAUUAUACGAGAUGAUCAAUUGCAGACAUGGACUUAUGUUAGUUGGACAGACUAUGAGUGGCAAAACGUCUUGUUAUUAAGUAUUAGCGUCUACUUUAACCCAUUGUCAUAAAACUGGGUUAUAGGAUGAAAGGUGUGUGUAAUAUCAUGUGUUAAAUCCGAAGUCAAUAACUUUGAACUAAUUAUAUGGAUACUCUGAUCCUGUCAGCAAGGAAUGGACUGAAGGAGUAUUAGGUGAAAUAUAUCGUAAAUGUGCCACAUCAACUUCUUAGGAUAGACAAUUUUUGGUAUUUGAUGGUCCUGUAGAUGCUGCAUGGAUUGAAAAUAUGAAUACAGUCUUAGAUGAUAAUAAGAAAUUGUGUUUAAUGAGUGGAGAGACUAUUGCUAUGACUGAUAGAAUGACAAUCAUAUUUGAAGUUCAAGAUUUAACAUAGGCUUCUCCUGCAACUGUGAGUAGAUGUGGUAUGGUAUAUUUAUAGCCUGACUAAUUGGGAUGGUUUAACGUAUUUUUAAACAAGUUACAAGAAAUUUAAAAUAUAGAUUAAAGUGUUAUUAUGAGAAUUUCAGAUCUCUUCGAAACUAUUGUUGACAAGGCUCAAAAAUUCAUUAAAUAAAAGUGUCAUGAAUAUGAAUCAGUACCAGAGAACUCAUUUUGCAUUCAUACUUUAUCUAUGCUGAUACAAUUGAUUUAAACUUACCCUGAAGCUUUAAGAAAACAAGCAGAUCCCAGCAUUUUGAUAGAUGCAUUCUUCAUAUACUCAGUUGUUUGGACAGUAGGCAGUUCUGUGGAUGAUGUAGGUAGAAAACAUUUUGAUUAAUAUCUCAAAAAACUAAUAAAGGAACCUCUCAGAAAUGAGAAUAAAAAAGAUGUUGUCAUCAAAAUUGACAAACAAUCCCAAAUCCCAGAGUUGUCUAAUACAAAUAUCUAUGAUUUCUUCUAUGAUCCUGAGUUACUCAAAUGGAGAAUGUGGAAAGAACUUCUUAAGGAUUCUUAAAUUCCAGAGAACAUAGCCUAUUAAGAGAUCCUUGUUGAGACCUCUGAAUCCCUCAGAAUUACAUCAAUUAUUGACAAAUGCAUAAAUCGUCACUCUCCAUUAUUGAUAAUCGGCCCAAGUGGAGUUGGUAAAACCUGUUAUAUUCGAAAACAUAUCUCAUAAUUGCAAAACUACUUAAAUAUUUUUGUCAAUUUCUCAGCCACCACAAGUGCAAACAAAACUCAAAUGAUUAUUGACUCCAAGGUGGAAAGGAAAAGAAAAGGUUUUUAUGGACCACCAUUGGGCUUCAUCGGACUUAUUUAUAUCGAUGACAUGAAUAUGCCUGCUCCCGAUAAAUAUGGUACUCAAGCACCUUUGGAAUUGAUACGACAAUUCUUGGGUACCAAAGGAUGGUAUGGAAAUGAUAGACAAUUCAUGCAUAUAUUGGAUUGCAACGUUAUUGCAUCUAUGGGAUUACCAGGAGGUGGAAGAAGCUUUGUGUCUCAAAGAUUGUUGAGAUUCUUUUAGAUUGUAUCCAUUGUCACUCCUGACACCAACAAUAUUGUACACAUCUUCAAUUCCAUCAUCUCUUGGCAUUUGAACAAUAUCAAAAUAGAAAACACCGAUAAUGACAUUAGGAAGAGUUUCCAAUAUGCAAUUGAAGCUACAAUUGAUUUAUAUAAUUAGAUUCGAGAUUAAUUAAAGGCAACUCCAAAAAAGUCAUGGUACAUACUCAAUAUGAGAGACAUCAGUCGAGUAGUUCAAGGGAUGACUUUAGUUAUGAAUGCCAAGGAAUUGUCACUUGAUCAUAAGAAAGUUUAGAGAUUGUGGCUUCAUGAAACCACAAGAACCUUUUUUGAUAGAUUGGAAUAGGUUGAUCAUGAACAAUACUCAUUAAUGUUGGCGAACUCAAUCAAACUAAAAUUAAGAGAUGAUCUAAAACACAUGAUUAAACCAUAUGAUGAUGUUGCAACCACUAAAUACAAUAUAAAAAGUUAUGUUUGGUCGGACAUUCUUUCAGAAGAACCCAAUGUUUCAGAAAGGAAAUACACAGAAGUGAUGUCAUCAACUAGAGUGUAUUCGAAAUUGCAAUUCUAUUUGGAAGAUCUGAAUUCCAAUACAAAAAAGCCAUUGAAUUUAGCAUUAUUUGAUUAUUGUGUUGACCAUCUCUUAAGAAUCCAAAGAGUCUUAAAUAUGACUCAAGGUCAUCUGUUAUUGAUUGGUUUAGGAGGAUCUGGAAGAUAGAGUCUCACUAGAUUGGCAUGCUUUAUUAGAGAAUAGGAAUUCUUACAAAUUGAGGUAGGCAAAGGAUAUACUUAUGAACAGUGGAAAGAAACAAUGUAGAAGUUAAUGAUAAAUGCUGGAGCAGACAAUAAGGAGAUAACUCUUUGUAUUUCUGAUUCAUAAAUCAAGAAACCAUUUAUUUUAGAGGAUGUUAAUAAUCUACUUAAUACAGGUGACAUUCCUAAUCUCUUUGGAUAGGAAGAUUUCAUUCCAUAAAUAGAUAAACUGAGAUUGAAAGCAAAGAAGGAAGGCAAAUUGUAAUUGUUUGAUAAUGGGAAUAAUGCGCAAUUCUAUGAUUAUUUUAUUGAAUGUGUGAAGAAGAAACUCCAUGUUGUUUUGGCAAUGAGUCCCAUUGGAGAUACUUUAAGAUCAAGAAUACGUAUGUUCCCAAGCAUUGUAAACUGUGCAACAAUUGAUUGUUUCCAUUAAUGGCCUGAAGAUGCUUUAGAGGCUGUGGCUCGAAAGUUCUUAGAGGAUAUCCAAAUCAAGGAUAGUCAAUAAAGACUGCUGGUAGCCUAGUGCAAAUAUAUGCAUUCAUCAUUAUAGACUAUUAGUGAGUAAUUCAAAUCACAAGAAGGAAGACACAAUUAUGUUACUCCUAGCAGUUAUUUUGAGUUAUUGAAGACAUUUUAAGCUGUUUUACAUGUAGAGAAGACUAAGUUGGAAGAUACUAGAAAUAUGUAUAAGAAUGGAGUCACAAAACUUGAUCAAACUUCAGAGGAAGUUAAGAGAAUGGAAGCUGAAUUGAUUGAAAAAUAACCUAAAUUAGUUGAAAUGAAUAUUGAAGCCAGUAAAUUAGCAGUUAUUAUCAAAUAAUAAGCAGAUGCUAUGGAACCUAAGAGAUUGUAAGUGCAAGAAGAGGAGGCUAGAGUGUCAGAAUGUGUUAAGGAAGCUGAAAUAAUCAAUUAAGAGUGCGAGAAAGAAUUAUCUGUAGCAAAACCUAAAUUAAAAUAAGCAGAAGAAGCUUUAAAUACCCUGUCUCCUGCAGAUAUUAAUUCUAUCAAGGCUAUGUUGAAACCACCAAUCACUGUUAAGUUAGUUAUGGAAUCUGUUUGUGUCUUGUGUGGAGUUCCUCCUAUUAGUAUGCCUAAACCUGAGAAUCCAAAAGAAAGAUUUAUGGAUUAUUGGGAAGCAAGUAAGAAGUUUUUAGCGGAUAAGGAUUUCUUAUAGAAACUGAUUGGCUAUGAUAAAAACAAUAUUAAACCUGAGAUUAUGUAGAAAGUCAGAAAUAAUUACAUCUCCAAAAAGGAGGAAUUCAAUCCAAAAAGAGUUGAAAAGGCUAGUUCUGCUGCUAAGGGAUUAUGUGAAUGGGUUCUAGCCUUAGAUGAAUAUGAAAAGGUACUCACUAUUGUUAGACCGAAAUAAGAAAAGUAUCUUCAAUCACAAUAGGAAGUUGCCAGAUUGUAAGAGUCAUUGAAAAUAUUAUAAUAAGAUUUAUCUGUUUUAACAGCAGAAAUUAAUAAGUUAGAGUUGGCUUAUUAGGAAACUAUGAAUAAUCAAUAGCAAUUAGAUAGAGAUAUUAAAGAAUGUGAAGUCAAGUUGCAAAGAGCUACAAAGUUGAUGGAAGGAUUGGGAGGAGAAAGAGAGAGAUGGAGUAAGUCGUCUGCCAUUUAUGAAUAGAGACUAAAAUAAGUAUUGGGAGACAUUAUACUAUCCUCUGGAACUAUUGCAUAUUUGGGAGUCUUUAGUAAUAAUUUCAGAUAGAAAACCAUCAAAAUGUGGAUGGAUAACUUGAAGGGUAAUAUGCAAUUCUCUGAAAACUUUACUUUACAGAAUAUUCUUGGAUAACCGAUUUUGAUUAGACAAUGGAGAAUGAAUGGUUUACCUAGUGAUUAGUUCAGCAUUGAAAAUGGAAUUAUUAUGAAUAGGUGUCAAAGGUUUCCUUUAAUAAUAGAUCCCCAAGGACAAGGCAAUAGAUUUAUUAGGCAAAACGAAAAAGACAUAAAAUUAGUUAAGUUCACUGAUAGUGAUUUCUUGAGAACAUUAGAAAACACAUUGUAAUUUGGAUAACCAUUACUCAUUGAAAAUGUGUAUGAGGAUGUUGAUUCAACUAUUGAUUCUGUCCUACUCAAGCAAAUCUUCAAAAAUGCUGGAGUUAUGUCAGUCCGCAUUGGAGACAAUAUUAUACCCUAUAAUAAAUAGUUCAAUCUGUUCAUGACUACUAAAUUAAGCAAUCCUCAUUACACUCCAGAAAUCAGUACUAAAGUUACAAUUAUCAAUUUCACUAUUACUUAAAGUGGAUUGGAGGAUUAAUUACUAGAAAUAUGUGUUAGCAAAGAGUAACCGAAUUUAGAAGAGGAGAAGAAUAGAUAGAUUUUAUAGUAACAAAAAAAUAAAUAAGAGUUGCAAAAAAUAGAGGAUCAAAUUCUUAGAGUUUUAAAUAAGGCUGAAAAUAUCUUGAAUGACGAGGAAGCCAUUUAAAUUUUGUAGACUUCUAAAGAAAAAUCAAAAGAUAUUGAGGAAAAAUAAGAAACAUCAGAAUACACAGAGAGAAAGAUUGAUGAAGCCAGAGUACAAUACAAACCAAUUGCUAUUCAUGGGGCUUUGCUCUUCUUUGCAGUCAUAUCCCUGGCCUAAUUAGAUUCUAUGUAUUAAUACUCUUUAUCUUGGUUACUAAAUUUGUAUCAGGAAGCAUUCAUCAAAAGCGAACCAAGUUAACGUAUUCAAUAAAGAAUAACCAACAUUAAUAAUAUGACACUCCACUUAAUAUACAAUUAAGUUUGCAGGGGAUUAUUUGAAAAGGAUAAAUUGCUUUAUAGUUUCAUUAUUUUGAUCAAAAUUCUUGAAUAGAAGAAAUAAAUAGAUUUUGAAGAAUUCUCCUUCAUCAUUAGAUAAAUAACUAUUCCCACUGAAGUACCAGAAAAUCCUUUCAAAGAAUGGUUGCCAACCUAAGCUUGGGCAAGAGUGUAGGUUUUAAUCAAAGUGAACAAGAAAUUAUCAUAAAUUGUAGAUAGUAUGCGUAAUUUCCCUGAAGUUUGGAUGGAAUUACUAAACUCUCCAGAUGGCCAUUAGAUCAGAUUUCCUGAACCAUUUGUCAUAAGCACUCCUAUAUAGAGAAUGUGUAUAAUAAAGGCUUUAAGACCUGGCAAACUACCUAAAGUGAUUCAAGAAUUUGUGGCUUCUGAAUUGGGAGAUAAAUAUAUUUAACCUCCAUCAUUUUCACUCCAUCAGUCAUUUUAAGGUAGCAAUCCUAAAUCUCCAUUAUUAUUCGUGUUGCCUGGUACGGAUCCAAUGAACGCCUUACUUAAUUUUGCUAAAUAGAAAGAUAUCUAACUAAGAUCUGUUUCAUUGGGUUAAGGAUAAGGAGUGAUUGCAGAAAAGGAAAUCGAAGAUGCAAAACAAUCAGGAACAUGGGUGAUAUUGUAAAAUUGUCAUUUAUACCCAUCAUGGAUGCCAAAAUUAGAAAAGAUUAUAGAGGAUAUACAAACAUAGAAAAUGCACAAUCAUUUUAGACUCUGGUUAACCAGUUAUCCAAGUGAUGAUUUACCUGCAUCUAUUGUUUAGAGUAGUGUGAAGAUGACAAAUGAACCUCCAACUGGUAUCAAAUCGAAUCUAUAGGUCAGUUAUUCUAGUGCUCUCUAUUAACAAUUAGAUUAUUCAAAUAAGAAACUAUCAAAACUAUUUUAUGCAUUAUCAUUUUUCCAUGCUAUAUUGCAAGAACGUAGAAACUAUGGACCUAUAGGUUUUAAUAUUUAUUAUGAUUUCAAUCAAUCCGAUCUAUUCAUAUCAAUAAGACAACUGUAAUAAAUGGCUGCAGAUGUCUCCAUACCUUUCCAUGCAUUACAUUACCUUAUUGGAGAAUGCAACUAUGGAGGCAGAGUAACUGAUGAAAGAGAUAGGAGAGUGGUAAGAGCUCUUUUAGAUGAAUAUUUAACUGAGAAAGUCACAUUAGACACAUUCUAAAUUCAAGAUUUCCCAAUCAUUGAAGGGUUGUCAUAUGAAGAGUAUAUGAAUCAAUUGAAUAAUCUACCACUAGUUUAGCCAACCCAUCUUUUUGGAUUCCAUCCUAAUGCUGAAAUUAUGAAGGAUUAACAAUAUACAGAUGAGAUCCUUAGAAAAUUGUAAUAGACACUUGGAUCCUCUUACACUGAUGGUUAAUAAAAUGAUGAAUCUAAAAAAGCAGAUAAUGUCCUUAAACAAUUAUGUGAAGAGUACCUUGCCAAUUUCCCUAGAAAAUUUGAUGUCGAAAUUGCCAAUGCUAAAUAUCCUCAUGACUAUAAGAAUUCUUUUAACACUGUUUUCUAAUAGGAAAUAUCAAGAUUCAAUAAAUUGUUCUCAGUCAUUCAGUAAUCCUUUAUUGAUACUCUGAAUGCUAUCAAGGGAUUAACCGCCAUGUCUGAUCAAUUGGAAAAAAUUACUCAAUCAUUUCUUAUUGGAGCAGUACCAGAAUAAUGGAAAAAAUAUAGUUAUCCUUCAUUGAAGCCACUAGCUUCGUAUUUAUAGGAUUUCCUAAGAAGAAUCCGAUACUUCCAAAAUUGGCUAGAUAAAUAAAUUCCCUAUGUCCAUUGGAUUUCAGGUUUCUUCUUUACUCAAUCUUUCCUUACAGCUGUUUUACAAAAUCAUGCCAGAAAAUACUCAAUAGCAAUAGACAAAUUAGACUUUGAAUUUUAAUUUCUUGAAGAGCCAUAAGUUAAUUUUGAAGUCAAUCAAUUGCCUCGACAAGUUAAUGGUAAUUUAUCAUACCUUAUAUUUUAGAUGGCACUCUUAUAUUUGGACUCUUCUUGGAGGGAUGCAGAUGGGAUUAUGGUCGAGAAAUGAUUGUGGAAUCCAACCCGAAAGUACUGACGACUCUAGCUCCUAUCAUAUGGCUCAAACCUAUACAAGGAGAGUCAGACACUAAGAACUAAUACGUUUGCCCAGUUUACAAGACAGCAGAAAGAAGGGGAGUCCUCUCUACUACUGGGCAUUCUACUAAUUUUAUCAUGAAUGUCAAUAUGCCAACUGAACAAUCAUAACAUCAUUGGGUGAAGAGAGGUGUAGCUAUGCUUUGUUAACUAUCAGAUUGA